UUUGUUUCACCUCACUUUAUCAAAAGCCGCAAACAAGUCUUUCCCACUUUUUUUGUUUUUUUUUGCCUCACCAAUCGGGAAAACCCAUUUUUUCUGUUCUUUGUUUGGUUUCGUUUAUUUUUUUGCAGAGAUCUUCGAUCGUGAUCUUGCUGUUGAAUUCGAUUUUUUGAUUUACAAUCCAAACAUUCACGCUUUACAUUCUCGGAGUCUUUUAGGUUUUACUGAAUUUUGUUGAAUUCAAUUUGGAUAUGAUGGAUACAAUGUGGUGCUGUUGAGGCCAAUCCUUCAAUUAUAGUGAUCAAAAGAAAGGUUUUGUGAGGUUUAGGGUUUUGUAUUAGUCGAAAAAAAAAAUGAGUGUGGUGGGAUUUGAUAUUGGAAAUGAGAACUGUGUAAUUGGGGUUGCGAAGCAACGCGGGAUUGAUGUUUUGCUGAAUGACGAGUCGAAGAGGGAAACACCGGCUGUGGUGUCGUUUGGCGAGAAGCAGCGGUUCAUGGGCUCCGUUGGGGCUGCUAGUGCGACAAUGAAUCCUAGGUCCACGAUAUCUCAAGUGAAGAGGUUGAUUGGUAGGACAUUUAGGGAGCCAGAUAUUGAGAAUGACCUUAGGUUGUUCCCUUUUGAAUGUUUGGAAGGUCAGGAUGGUGGUGUUUUAAUUCGUUUAGAAUAUUUGGGUGAGAUGCGUACAUUCUCUCCGGUUCAGAUUCUGGGGAUGCUGUUUUCUCAUUUGAAGCAAAUAGCUGAGAAGGAUCUUGAAUUGAAUGUUUCGGAUUGUGUGAUUGGGAUUCCUUCUUACUUCACGGAUUUGCAGAGGCGUGCUUAUUUGGAUGCGGCAACAAUUGCUGGACUGAGGCCGCUGAGAUUGAUGCAUGACUGUACUGCUACAGCACUUGGCUAUGGUAUUUACAAGAAUGAUUUCUCUGUUGCAGGCCCAACUUAUGUUGUGUUUGUCGACAUUGGUCAUUGCGACACACAAGUUUGUGUAGCAUCGUUUGAGAGUGGACAAAUGAAAAUAAUUUCCCAUGCUUUUGACAGGAACCUGGGAGGGAGAGACUUUGAUGAGGUUCUGUUCAUAUAUUUUGCAGCACAGUUCAAGGAGCAGUAUGAUAUUGAUGUCUAUGCAAAUGCCAAAGCGUCUAUUAGGUUGAGGGCGUCUUGUGAGAAACUAAAGAAGGUUCUGAGUGCGAAUGCAGAAGCGCCACUAAAUAUAGAGUGCUUGAUGGAUGAGAAGGAUGUUAAAGGUUUUAUUAAAAGGGACGAAUUUGAGAAAUUGUCAUCAAACUUGUUGGAGAGAAUCAGUGUUCCUUGUCAUACGGCUUUGCUUGACUCUGGUUUGACUGUAGAGAAGAUCCACUCAGUGGAGCUUGUAGGCUCAGGGUCUCGGAUACCAGCUAUUACUAGGAUUUUAACUUCUCUAUUUAACAGAGAACCAAGCCGGACAAUCAAUGCAAGUGAGUGUGUGGCUCGUGGUUGUGCUCUUCAGUGUGCAAUGCUUAGCCCAAUAUACCGGGUCAGAGAAUAUGAGGUUCAAGAUGCAUUUCCUUUCUCCAUAGGAUUCUCAACAAAAGAAGGUCCAAUUUGCACUUUGUCGAAUAGUGCUCUUUUGCAGAAACACCGGCCAUUUCCAAGUGUUAAGAUUUUUUGUUUGCAUAGAACUGAUACGUUCCCGAUGGAAGCUUAUUAUGCUGAUCUAAAUGAAUUGCCUUCUGGUGUAUCACCUAAAAUCAGUAGUUUUAUGAUUGGCCCAUUCGAAGUUUCUAACAUGGAAGCAACAAAAGUUAAAGUUAGAGUGCAGCUAAACAUUCAUGGAAUUGUUACUGUAGUAUCAGCCUCAUGUUUUCUACUGAAUCAGCUAUUAGAAGAUAAUGUAGAUGAUGAUUCCCUUGCAAAGAGUGAUGAUCAUUUGACUUCAACAAAGAUGGAGGCUGAAGCCGAUCAUGGGUCUUCUGCUGUCCCAAAUAGUGCUGAAGAUAGUAAUCUUAAACGGAUGAAACCUUCAUCCGUAUCUUCUGGUGAUGGACUAAGAAAAAGCAAGUUUGUCAAAAGGCUGGAUAUUCCUGUUAGUGAGAGUGUCUUUGGUGGAAUAGCAAAAGCAGAUCUCUCAGAAGCUGAAAAGAUAGAACAUCAGCUGGUGCAACAAGACUUAAAGAUGGAGCAUGCAAAAGAAAUGAAAAAUGCAUUAGAGUCUUAUGUCUAUGAGAUGCGUGAUAAGAUAUUACAUACAUACUGUGGCUUUUCCACCAAGUUGGAGAGGGAAGGGAUAUCCUAUAAUCUUCAACAGACAGAAGAGUGGCUUUAUGAGGAUGGAUUUGAUGAAUCUGUAGAUGCUUAUACUGAAAAGCUGGAGUAUCUUAAAAAGCUGGUUGAUCCCAUUGAAAACCGAUAUAAAGAGGAAGAGGCACGAGCCCGAGCUAGUAAGGAUCUAUUAGAUUGCAUCACAAAUUAUCGGAUGGUUGUAGUAUCACAUCCUGUCAGUGAGAGAGAUGUGGUCAUUGAUGAAUGCAAUAAAGCAGAACAAUGGUUGCAAGAGAAACUCCAACAUCAGAAUUCUUUGCCUAAAAAUGCUGAUCCAAUAUUAUGGUCAAAUGAAAUCAAGAGAAAGUCAGAGGCCUUUGACAUGACAUGCAAACACAUAAUGAGAUCCAAUGCUUCUCCCCCCAGUUUUGAGGAUGAAGAUGACUCAGACCAAAGAGACAAACCAGAUAGCAUUCGCAUGCAAGUAGAUUGAUGCGGAAUCUCUAUGCAUGUUUACAGAUGUAAAAUCUUGCACUUCUAGUAGCAGCUGAAACAUUCUCAGAAGGUGAGCACUGGUUUUGUUUGUUCUCGUGGAUAUAACUUUUUGCUUCUUGUUUUUAGAUUAUUCGUUACGAUUUACUAAUUCAAUGUGUAGGAUAAAAAAGGAAAUUGUGGAGUGCUUUAAUUUGUAAAUGUAAACAAUAUAGAUUUUGUUGGCCAAGGCCCCUGUUUUGUAAUAAAAGAAUUCAUGAUUUACUGAA